AUGACAAAAAUUUCGAGUAAUCAACAACGUGUCGGAUUACAAGUCAUACCAGCAUCAACGACAACAAGCAUACAUGAACCGUUCAGUCAGCUCUUAUCGCAUUUGGACCCACAGUAUCAGAAAUCAUUCACGAAUUAUUCAUCAAAAGCAAACGAUUCACAUACACAAUCAACCUUAGCACGAACGAGCGAUAUGAAUGAAAAAACUGAUGGAAUGUCAAAUCAUAAUGGAGGUAUUUGUCAAAUUGCAUCAAAAUUAAAUACAUCUCCGAAAUUAGUUAAAAAAGUUAUAAUAUGGGAUUCAAGCCCUCAGUUUCCAUAUGCAUGUUGUGCCAGAGCCAAAGCCAGUGCAGAGCAACCAUAUAUUGAUAUUCAUGCAACAUUACAAGAUGACAAUUGGGUUAAAAACGAGUUCGUUUCGCUAAACGCCGUAUACGUCUGA